UUUCCAAGUUGCAAAAUACAGAAUUGAUGGCUCCGUCUCCUUGCAUGGAUUCUAACCAACUCAUCGACUCGCUCACUUCGCACAUCGCUCUGUACCACUCAUCCACCCCCUCAACGUCUGCCUCUCCUUCUGUAAACUACCCUAGAAACUCAGUCCUCCGUUGGUUUUCAUCCCUCACAGUCCAGCAUCGUCAAUCAUCGCUUACAAUAGUAGAUGCGAAGUUCGCAGAAAUCAUCCUCCAAAUGCAGAAAAAGAUCCGGAGACACGGUCAUGGCUGCUUUAUCAUCCUUUCAGAUCUUCCUUCUAGCGACUGCCCUGAUCUCCCAAGCCUCUGCUUUCGAAGGUCGACAGGUCUAUUGGCAAGGACCAACGUUUCUAAUGACUUGGAACAGUCGAUUUCUCGUGCGGUUCGCAUGUUCGGUUCUCAAGAAGGGGAGCGAAUUGAAGAAUGUUCUGCAAUCGAUUCAAUCACUUUUUCUGAAGAUUUUGUAUCGAAUGUGGAUAGGUUCGUCUGUGUGAUGGACAACAUUUCGAAUGGACAGUUUCUAAGAAGCGAAGAGAAUGCUUUGGGCGUGGCUUGGGAGGAAUUGCCGUGGUUGAAGGCAAAGGGUUAUUAUAGCAUAGAGGCGUUUUUGGCGAACAAGUUGGAAGUUGCAUUGAGGUUGUCGUGGCUGAAUUCUAACGGUGGGAAGAAGCGGGGGAUGAGGGCAAAAGAGAAAGAAAAGACGACUGUUGCAGGUGUUGCGGCAAAUGUCUACUUUAGGAAGAUGGGGUGCUUGGACUGGUGGGCAGGGGUGGAUACUGGGGUGAGGAAGAAGAUAUUACAAGUAGUUUUAGGCAAAGCGGCCAAAUAUCUGACAAAAGGUAUUCUAAAGGGGGCAAAAAACACCUUGGAAGAUGACAUAUGGCUAUUUGGUGAACGAGCUGAGAAAACAGUGAGAUACAAUGAUAGUGCAUCAAGUCAAAGAACCAUCCUUCCAAACUUCGGAAUGGAUGCUGAAUUUUGCUUGGCCGUCCUCCCAGCUCCAAUUUCAGGAAAAUGUACUCCCUUCACCAACUUUUUCAAUGGCUUGCUUGUGCUUCGGGAGAUGUCUGCUAUGGUAUUAGCAUGUAAACAUAAUGAGUUCGAAAAAGAUAAGCUAUUUUUCAGUACAUUGGGUUCUGUCCACUCAGUUUCAGACUGUAUACUGAGGAAAGUGCGAGACUUGCUUAUGGUUAUUUCAGGUGAUUGUAUAAAGCUGGAACUUCUUGGAGAGGAGAGUAUGAAGUUCCAGAUGAAUAAAUCUGAAGAGAAGUUUCGGGUGGGUAACCGAAGAGGGAAGGGUAGGGGUCGUAAUCAGAAAAGACAAAAUCUUGGCGGAAAGUCAUCUAGAGCUUCUUUUGCAAUUGAGAAAUCUACUGAGGUUCAUGGACAUGAGUUGGCCCAUCGAGAACAGGCUAAGUCUGAUGGAAUGACUGGUAGACUUCAGGCUAAGGAUCUCCACAAGGAGACCUCAUUUUCAAGAGUUGAGAUGGAACGUGCUAAAGAAAUUGUUGAUGGCAAGGUCCAAACUGCUGGGAAGAAAAAGAAGAAAGAAAGCAGUAGGAGCAAAAAUUCUACCUUAGAAGAACCAGAAACAAGAGAUUCUGAAGUAAGAAUCGAACAAGUUACCUCCCAACAUGCUGCGGUUCAAACUGAGGCUGCGGAAUCUCAGAGGUUAGCUGAUGCUUCAACUAUCCAGACCCUACCAAAUAAUAUUCCUGUGAGUGCCGACAGCUUGGCUCCAAAUCCAAGUUUUUGUAGUUCUACUAAUAAAAAUGAUAUGUAUAACGGAGAUGAAGUGGCCCAUGGCACUCAAGAAUGUUCUGUUAUUGGUUCUGCUGAAGACGGUUCUCAUAUUGGUUUGGAGUGUUUUCCACCCUCAUAUGGAGCAGUUGGAGCUCCCAUUACUUCUGGAGGAGAGACUUCUAGUUCUAAGUUUAAUUCGGACAUAGCUCCUCAUGCUUUGCCUGGUCUGGAGCUCGAUAAUGUUCUUAAAAGUGAGGAGGUCAAGCAUCAAACAUCUAGACAAUUAAGUGAUACUGUUAUUUCUGAAGCAUUAACAGAAGCUAUCAUUUCAAAAGAAGAAACCAGCCAUCUUCACAGACAAGAUGGUGGAAACUAUUGCAGUCAUGGCUCCACGAGUUCCUCAGGUUGCACAUCAUUUGAGUGGCCUAGUGUGACACCUGUUAAUUUUCCAUCUCUUAACUCGCAGCAUCUCCCGGCUGCCACUGAUAGAUUGCAUCUAGAUGUUGACCACAACUGGCGUAAUAAUUUCCAUCAAUCCUAUGUGUCCACGAGGCAUCAGGCAAGAAAUCCAUUGAUUGACGGUGGUUGCAGCAGGAUCAUGUCUCGGACUUCAGCAAUGAGCUUAGAUUGGCCCCCAGUGGUACGAAGUGCCAGCAGGUUGACUCCAUCAAUGAAUUCUAACUAUGAUACUGGAUUUAUCCCGAGGAUGCAUUCUCCUUAUCAGCAGAGUUUUCCGGCUCAUGGGCUGCAGCUAAAUGGAGCAAGGACUGAAGAUGAAAGGAAGUAUUCAGGGGAUGUUAUCGACUCAUGUGCACCAGAACUAGUUGAUGAUUCUGAUAGCCAUUGGAUUUCAGAAGAAGAAUUUGAGGUGCAUGCAAUUUCUGGAAGAGAUUAUAAUCAGUACUUCGGUGGAGGAGUUAUGUACUGGAAUACUUCAGAUCAUGCAGGCACAAGUUUCUCCCGUCCUCCUUCUCUUAGUUCUGAUGAUAGCUCCUGGGCUUGGCAUGAAGCAGAUAUGAACAGAACUAUUGAUGAUAUGAUUGGUUUUUCUUCUUCUUACAGUACAAAUGGUUUAACUUCUCCACCUGCCUCUCCUUUUCGUUCUCCUUUCGAUCCUUUGGGACCUGGACAUCAGGCCCUUGGCUAUGUUAUUCCUGGAAAUGAUGUAUCAGGCAAGGUACUGCACUCUUCAACAGUGACCGAUGGAGUUCCAGAAGAGAACACAUCUGGAUCUUUGAACAAUUCAUCUGGUGGGGUUGUCGAAGGGCAGAAAGGAGAUUCACUCCCAUACCCAAUUUUGCGACCAAUUAUCAUUCCAAAUAUGUCGAGGAAGGGAUCAAGAUCUGAAUUUAAGCUAAGUCAUGAUCUUAAAAGUCCAUGUGUUCCUCGUAAUAGGCAGGAACAACCUCGGGUGAAGAGACCACCAUCACCUGUUGUACUUUGUGUUCCACGUGCUCCACGCCCUCCUCCGCCCUCUCCUGUUGGUGAAUCCAGAAAACAAAGGGGUUUCCCAACUGUUAGGUCUGGUAGCUCUAGCCCCAGGCACUGGGGCAUGAGAAGUUGGUAUCAUGAUGGAACUAACUGUGAAGAACCUCGCAUUUGUCUGGAUGGUGCCGAAGUUAUUUGGCCUUCAUGGAGAAAUAAAAGCCUUUCAGCUACUUCAAUGAGUCAGCCUCUCCCUGGGGCUUUACUGCAAGAUCGCUUAAUUGCUAUCUCUCAGCUAGCUCUUGAUCAGGAACAUCCAGAUGUUGCAUUUCCUCUGCAACCUCCUGAGUUACUGAAUUGUCCCACUCGCAAAGCAUCUCUCUCUUUGAUGCACAAUCUUCUUCAUGAUGAAAUUGAUUCCUUCUGCAAGCAGGUUGCUGCUCAGAACUUGACUAGGAAACCCUACAUUAAUUGGGCUGUAAAGAGAGUUGCACGGUCUCUCCAGGUCCUAUGGCCCCGGUCCAGGACAAACAUCUUCGGUUCAUACACAACCGGUUUAUCCCUCCCAACCAGCGAUGUGGAUCUUGUGGUCUGUCUCCCUCCUGUGAGGAAUUUGGAGCCCAUAAAAGAAGCUGGGAUUCUUGAGGGUCGUAAUGGAAUUAAAGAAACUUGCCUUCAGCAUGCAGCUAGGUACCUUGCCAAUCAGGAGUGGGUUAAGAAUGACUCUCUUAAGACUGUAGAAAAUACAGCUAUACCUAUAAUCAUGCUUGUGGCUGAAGUUCCUCAUGAUCUUGUUGCUUCUACUGCAAGUACUUCCAAGGUGCAAGCACCAAAAGUUGAAUCAACCCAACUUCCCACUGAACAGGGGGGUAUCAUUGAUCCUGAUAUGGUUGGUUUAGACAAAUCUUCUUGGCCAAAGUGCUUGCACAUGAAAAAUGAUGAUGUUGCGGAUGUGAAGUCAGUUCGUCUUGAUAUCAGUUUCAAGUCACCUUCUCAUACGGGACUCCAAACUACAGAAUUGGUCAGAGAGCUCACUGAGCAAUUUCCAGCGGCUACACCCCUCGCUUUGGUUCUGAAGCAGUUCUUGGCAGAUCGUAGCCUAGACCAUUCCUACUCAGGUGGUUUAAGUUCAUAUUGUUUGGUUUUGCUGAUUAUAAGGUUUCUUCAGCAUGAGCACCAUCUUGGUCGACCUAUUAACCAAAACCUUGGAAGCCUUUUGAUGGAUUUUCUUUACUUCUUUGGGAAUCUGUUUGAUCCACGGCAAAUGCGUAUUUCUAUCCAAGGAAAUGGGAUUUAUGUUAACAGGGAAAGAGGACAUAGCAUUGAUCCAAUUCACAUCGAUGAUCCCCUUUUCCCAACAAAUAAUGUAGGGAGGAAUUGCUUUCGCAUACAUCAAUGUAUCAAGGCAUUUGCAGAUGCUUAUUCUUCCCUGGAGAAUGAACUUACAUCUCUCCCAAGUAAUGGUGAUCCAAGUGCAAGGCCAUCAUAUAGAUUACUUCCAAAAAUCGUCCCAAGUAUUCAUCAUGUAUAGUGAGCUUUGAUCAGCUCAAUGAAAUCUAAUCUGGUGGGUACUCUUAGUCAACUUAAUAUGUCCUACAGCUAAAGCUAAGUUGACACAGUAUUUGACAAUUGGUGGAAUCACAGUAAGUUGAUUAUUUUUAAUUUCUAUGGAGUUUCUUGUGACUUUCGGACACCACCCCCAAUCAUUAUAUUUUAACUGAAGAAGGAAGACCUUGAUAUUUUGGUCUCGGAGGUGUUUGUGCUUUCUGUAUUGGAUUAUCAGUUUUGUCUUUUAGGGGUUGCGCAAGCUUAAUUUUGGUAGGUUUCCUACUAGGGGUGGCAAUCUGUGGCCCAGCCUGGCUAUCCUGUGCUGAGCUGAUUACUUUAAUGGUUUAACCAAGAUUUCAAAUAUCAGGAUCCAGGACUGGAUAGGUAUCAACUGAUAUGAGUCACCCACUCUGACCUGAUCCUGGA